AUGCCAUCCCCUCGGACAGUAUCCAUUAGCCCCCGUGGCCUCAUCCGGCUGGCCGAGAAAGAUCAUUGGCUGUACAUUUCAAGGAAACGGAUUGAUGACAAAAGCAAAGCAGAUUACAUCCAGAAGGCUCUUGUUCUGACACAGAUUCUUUGGAUGGUUACCCAGUGCGUCACGCGCUACGUGAAUGAUCUCCCCUUGACCUUGCUGGAGAUACAUACUGUGGUGCACGUCAUCUGUGCCGUGUUUCUUUACGCCUGUUGGUUCCAGACACCACUCAAUGUACAGGAGCCAGAGGUGGUGAACCCAAGCCCAUUCUUUGGAGAGGCCGCAGCGAUGGUUCAACAACAGUUCUACUCUUCUUGGUCAAACGAACUGGCCAUCUUCCCGCCUUGGUCUGCGGAACGGCCGAUACCUCCGCUUAGGCUCGCCAGCGACCGAGCAUCUAUGCUAUUGUUUAGCCCGGAACACUCAUCAGUCAUGCGGCAAGGGGACAUCUUGUUGUCUGACCUGGCCCUUCGCACCAGUUCCAGAGAGCUGGAGGUCACUGCGCAGUUUCUCGAAAGAUGGAAUGCCAUUUUCAGCGCAUUUCCCUACGCAGACUGUGAGGUGCUUGCUCGUGGGACUGGCCCUAAGUUUGACGCGCCGCAUAUGGAAGAAGAGAUUGAACUCAUGGGGCAGGGAAAGACGGAUUGCCAGGCUCUUUAUCUCAGCCGUCUUGACGAGUUUGAGAAGCCAGAGGACUGUCGCGACUUUCCAUUCAGCCACCGUGAACGGAACCUGGUGGUGAACUUUCACGUCGCCAUUCUUGGCCUGGCACUGCUUCUUCCUGCAUGCUACGGCGGUGUCCAUCUAGCAGCAUGGAAAUGGACCUUCCCAAGCCAUUUUGAGGGUCUUUUAUGGAAGAUUUGCUGCCUCUUCAUUGUUUGCGCAUCCCCAGUCAUGUUCACCAUAGACAUUGCCUUUAUGGGCCUGGUCGAGCUUAUCAACUAUCGGACCGUCACCAGCCGCCCAAGAGACGGGGAGGAUGCAGAAGAUGGGAAAUCAAAGAAGGAGAGCGAGUCCGACUAUUGGGGCACUGGAUUCUUUGCUUUGAUUUGUUUCAACAUUUCCGUCUUGGUGAUGUAUAUCGUUGCGAGGGUCUAUAUCGUGCUUGAGUCGUUUUUGAGCUUGAGAUCUGUUCCUCUGGGGGUGUUUCUCUCGCCAGCAUGGCUUCAGAUGUCUCCUCAUCUAUAG